AACCGCUGACGGAAUAGCACACGUCACAUCAUAACAGACUGAAUUGACUCGCAUAUGAUUAUUGAUCUUUAUGUUUUUAGCAUUAUGUUCUCCAAGUAAAACAGCGUGUAAUUUUCACAAUACUGUAGGUUGCUACGACUCCGAGCAGUUAACCACACCCCACCCCAGACCCUUCGAGAUAUUUUUAGCGCUGAUGAUGUGCGCUGUCAUCUAACGUAACGGAAAGAUCAUCCUGGGAAUCAAACGAGAGCGAGUAUACGUACCCGUGCGCGCUCGCAUUGAGUCGCUUUAUUUACCAUGAAGACGGAACGGGGUUUUAUAAUAUGGACAGCGAUGCUUCUUUAUGGAUUAUCUGUUAUAAAAGGUCAAACAUCAGACGCUCCCCCAGAUGUGAGCUCCAUCACCCCUCUGAAUGAGGUCAUUCCUACUGAUCAUGUGACUUUAAAACGUGUUAUUUUGGAAUCACAAUCUUUAGCCUAUCAAAACAGCUCCCUGUCUCCUUCUCCAAAACCUGAGAUCACACCUACGGCUUCUCCUUCAUCACGAGCUAACAGUGAGACUGCAGUGCACGCUAACAUCUCUACUUCACAGACACCUGAGCUGGAAGAUGUCACCACCCUCAUGAUGGAGGCAGCCUCAGCACCAGCUUCUUCUGCAAGCGGCUCAUCACUCUCUCACAUGGAGAGCACUUUUUCAGAAUCAUUAGUCACCACAGCUCCUGCAACAACCAUCAAUUCAAGUGAAGGACGUCAGAUGUUCUCUCUAACCAGCAGUGUGGUGCAGAAGACACAAACAGCUGUACCAGUCACAACCUCUUACCCAGCAUCUCAGUUUGCUCUGACUGGGAGUUCAAAGGUCACUGGCCCUGCUCCACUGGAAGAUGAACCUUCUGAAUUGGAUGUAGGGGAUGAAGAUUCAGGCAAAGUUCCACAUCGCCCAGCCUCCCCGCUGGACCCCCUCCUCGCCGCUCUGGUCUCCAUUUUCAUUAUUUGCACCGCUUUGGUGUCAGCAAUCCUUUUCCUCAGGUUCCGCCAACGGAGUGAGCAUCCAGAGUUUCAUCGGCUUCAAGACCUUCCUAUGGAUGAUCUCCUUGAAGACACGCCAUUGUCAAGAUACAGCUAUUAGUAGGAGAGAACUUAGGGACACGGAUUUAUUAUAUGGUCGCUCAGCCACCCUGUAGAGUAAAUCAGUAAAUGUAAAUCAGUUUUUCCUAAAAUGAUCCACUACUGAUCUAUGAUCAGACGUGUUUAAUGCUUCUCAGGUGGUAUGUGUUGUACAAUUUAUGCCAUUCAUAAAACUGCCUUAAUGCUAAAAUUUGGUAUCAUAAUAUAAAAAAAAAGAUAGAACAGGACGGAACAACAUAUUUACAGGUAUUAUGCUAAAAACUGAUAAAGGUGUAAUUAUAUGCUGACAGUGAUAGAAAAUGAAUAAACUUGAAAUAAACCUAAUAAAAAAAUAGGCAUAGUCCUUUAAUUUUCUGCCAACCAAUCAGAAGUGGUAGCCCUCAGCAUUAUUAAAAGGUUUGGAAUUACAGAAAUUGAAAAAAAUGUGACAUUUAUAGAAGUUGUAAUUAAAACAUUAAAUAUUAAUACUUAAUCUUGGUUUAAGAAACUGUUCAAUUCUUCACAUAUGUUAGAAGCUACAGUAUGAUUGGUUGCAUAGAGAUUUGCUCAACAAUGUGUAUUUACAACUUUGGUGAAUUCAUUUCUUUCAUAGACAGAUCUACACAAGGAUGCCAGGAUUCAAUAUAAAUGUCUCUGAACUAUUGCCGUCUUAGAGCUAUGUUGUAGUGCAGUGCGCAAAAUAGAAUCAAUGAAUUAAAAUAGUUCAGAAUGAGUAAAAUGUUGGGGUCAAACUGAAUUGUGGUCUUGAUAUUAAUAAUAAAGUUGAUUAGCCCUUAUAAAGGUUUAAAGUAGUUCAAAUAACUUGACAUUUAUUUUAGCAUAUUUACUUAUGUUUACUCUGGUAUUUGUGGUAAACCUAGUGCCUAAUGUACUUUGUACCAAAACUGAUUUACGGUGAAAUAUAUAUUGUACUGUUGUGUUGUUGAGAUUAACUUGUUAAGAGUAAAAAGUUUGUAAUAAAAAAAGG